CACUAUUCACCAGACGCUACCGACUCGGGAAUCCAUUUUGUUGUGUCACACGCGCUACACGAAACAUUUAGUUGUGAGUGGAAGAACAAAGUGCGCGUCAAAAUGUCGAACUUGAAUGACGACAUGCGAUUUAAUAUCGAAUUUGUCAAGGAGAUUGAACGACACCCGUGCAUAUAUAAUAACAAACAUGGAGAGUAUAAUAAUAAACCCUCAAUCGAUAAAGCGUGGAAAACCGUAGGAGAAAAAUUUGUUGGAUUAACUGCUAACGAGAUAAGAAUAAAAUGGAGAUCUAUCAGGUCCUCAUACUCACGAAGUCAAAGAACUAAAAAGGAAUACUACUUAUCUCCAUAUAUGGAUUACUUACUACCCUUUAUAAGAACAAAAUCGAAGGACAAUGCAGAAGACGACGUGCAAAUAGACAGCGAUUUAGAAUCAAAUGAUGAUAGCGGCUCCCAAAGCGAGGAGGAUUGUGUGAUUGAAAUAGAACCAACAAAAUGUGAAGAGGAUUCAGAUAAAGACGAUGACUGUACAGAAUAUAAUGGUAAAAUACAAGUGAGAACAUUACCCGAAUUGAAAUUAGGACAUAGUUAUGGAAAAACGCUAAAGAUAAAGGGCACGCAAUCAAAAAUUUUAUCAAACUAUUCACAAUACACAACAUCUAGGCUGUCUCCGUACGAAUGUUUUCUGAAAAGCUUAAUUCCAGAUGUGAGUUCGAUGAAUGAGCGACAAUUUUUCAAUUUCCGAAGAGGAAUACUUAACAUUAUAGGGAAAGUCAAAUAUAGUAAAGCUGCCCUCGAGACUGAAUCAUGAACUCGUAUAGAUUUUAGUAAUGUUGAUUUUUAAUAGAAUACUAAUUUUACUGGCCAACAGCAAUAAUAAAUUACUUAAUAUCGUU